CACCCACUAAGAGGCCAGGCACGACUCGCAAAUCACAACUGGCCUCCAGGCGCGCAGCAGAGCAGCCUUCCGCUUUCGCUGCAACUCCGAAAUCAACGCCGGCGGGCAUCGCCCCGUCGGCAUGGCCGACGCCGCCGCCGCCGCCCCUGACGAGCUCAACAAGUGGUGGGAGACCUUCAACAAUGGCGGCGCCGUGGAGGAUGAGCCGAUGGUGGACUCCGACUCCGAUUUCGAGCAAGGGGGGCAGGGCGCGGAGGAGGAAGGCAAUGCGGGCGUGGUGGCGGGCGAGUGCCACCGGAAGGUGGAGCCGGACGCCCACGCGCCCGCCGGGAGGGAGGGCUGCAGCGGCGCCGCCCGCGAUUGCGAUGAGAAGGAGAUUUCUGAGGAUGGCCAUUUUCAGCUUGAAGGUGUGCUGCCGGGAAUGAAGAGAGAAGCAGCCGCCGGACGAAACACACCGCGGGCUACUGCAGCUGAGAUCCAGAGCGUAGAAGGUCAAGCGGAAUGUUCAAAUGCAGAGUACGUUUCUGAGGAUAACUAUGUUGGAGGUGAGUUCCAAGGAAAGAAGAGGAAAGCAACCGUGACAGCCGGCAAACUGGAGACUGUUGGAUCUACAAUCCUGAACAAAAAUGCUCAUGUUGCGGAGGAGAUUUCUGAGGAUAGCCAUUUUCAGCGUGAAGAUGGGCUGCAGGGAAGGAACAGAGAACCAGCCACCAAACUAAAUACACCGCGGGCUUCUGGAGAUGAGAUCCAGAACGAAGAAGAUCAAGAGGGGUAUGUUUCUGAGGACAAGAUUGGAGGUGGGCAGCAAGGAAGGAAGAGGAAAACAACAGUGGCACCCAGCAAAGAGCAAAUGACUGGAAUUAAGAUCUGGAAGAAAAAUGCUUAUGGUGAGUGUCUGAGAGCUGAGAAUCAGAUGCUGAGGCUGCAGCUUGUUCGCAAGACGAAAGAGCUUGAGGCUGAACAGAUUCGGAGACUCGAGCUAGAAUUGCAUUUUAUGAAAAAGGAGAAUGAGUUUCUGAAGAAGCAGCUUGAAGAGUUGAAAGCUGAGAAUGAGUACUAUAAGAAGACCGCAAAGCCACAAAAAACCCGAAGGCUGUGCAGGUUCUGUAAGGAAUAUGUCGACCACGACUUCCGCAACUGCCCCGAGAGACACGCUUCUGAAGAAGACGACGGCUCCAUCUAACAUCCUGUGAAGUUAUGCUGUAUUACACUAGGAUCUGUAGAAUGUGCUCGUGCGGCAGUGCGCAAGCCUCUUGUUGAUUUUAGUGAUGCUUUUGCAAUUAUAUUAGCUCUAGUGGCAGCUAGUUACCGCGUAUCUUAGAAACAGGUUUGAUGCAGAAACAUGAAAUGUCUGCUGCACUUGAUCUGUUAAGCUCCUCUGAUGUUUAUGUGAACCUGAAGGCUAGUCUGAUUAGUAUUGAAUCUUCUGUGAAACAACGUACUAGCAAAGCAAAAGUUAUUGGUUGUUCA